UGAUAUAUUUUAUAUUUUCUAGUAGUGCCAAUAUUGUAUCCAAUUGUAUUUAAUGUAUGUCUACAUCAUGUUGAAGACGAGCAGUCCGUGACACUAUUGUUCAGCUUAAUCCUCCAGCAGACUAGACAGGGGCUAUAUGUAUGGUUACGUAAACACAUUUAUCAAAGGCAGUUAGGUAAGGUUUCAACACACCCCCAUUGGCAGGGAACACUUUAUACACACACUCUCAUACCCACACACUCACUCACCUAUGCACCCACUCUUCAUUAAAGCACACAAACUGUAGGGUAUCUCUAAUGGAAGCAUAUAAUAGUAAACUUGACACAAUUCUUAAUGAACCCUUCUGUAUAGUGUGUGCUCUACAUUGCAAGCUGCACUGCCGCUCACGCUGAGGUAGUACUCAACACCCUAAUAUGCCUUUCAUGUCCCCGUUCUGUAUGGCCCCUUGGAGAGAGCCUGCUUUUGUCAAAGCUGGAAAACAAAUCGGAGAGGCUCUCUUAUCUCCCGUCAGUGUCUCACCCAGUGGGAUAUUCAUGGAGCUUCACUCGUUAGAAAUGGCACAGUUUUUACACAUCAUUUGAAUUGGAGGAAUAUUUAAUCUACAAUCGCGUCAAAAGGUGCCAGUGCAGAAGUAUGAAAGAACCAUGCAAUGGAAUGGAUCUGGUAUGGUCACUUCAUAUCCUCUCUCAUUCACAAGCGUUCUUGCGAAAGGCUCUGAUUACCUUGCCUCUUGAUAACUGGAUCUAUUGGAAUAUUGCUGUGGAUUUUGCUGUCGAGUCUCCGGGCCAAUCUCCUUUAUGAUUGGAUGAUUAACAUGUAUUGCAUAACAUUGGUGACCACUGAAUGAAUAGCUCUUUGAGUACUGUAAGAAGACUCCAUGGUUUUUAUUCCUUUUCAUCGCACUGGUCAUCGCAUUAGAUAAGCAGUAAUAUGCAAAUAUGUGAUAUGUAUGAUGAUGGUGAAGAUAGUAAAGAUACCACAAAGAGGAAAUCUCGCAAUGCGAGUGAGAAGAAGAGGAGAGAUCAGUUCAAUGUACUUAUACAGGAGCUAUGCUCAAUGGUUUCGACCAAGACGAGAAAGCUGGACAAGUCCGCAGUCCUCAGAGCCACCAUACACUUCUUAAAGGCUCAUAAUGACAUGGUGAUGAAAUCCGAGAAGAAUGCAAUCAACGAAAACUGGAAACCGUCGUUCCUGUCUGAUGAUGAGUUCAGUCAGCUGAUGUUAGAAGCUCUGGAUGGUUUUAUGAUAGUCUUCUCUCAGCAAGGCCAUAUCUUGUAUACCUCAGACAGUGUCAUCUCUUUGCUGAGACAUUUACCGAAAGACCUUGAGUCGUGUACGAUAUAUGAACUUAUCCAUGAAGAUGACAGACCGGAGAUGUUCAAGAUCCUCUCCAGGGCAGAUCCGUCCAACGGCACACCAGACAUCCUAGGCCAGAGAUUCUCCUUCUCCUGUCACAUGAGACGAGGGACGUUAGAACCGGACAAACCUGCAGAGUAUGAACCCAUCCGCUUCAAUGGCAGCUUUUCCCUGCUUAAGACAGGCCAAGCGGCGGCUUUCACUGACAUGGUCACCACCCCUAGGUAUUGCUUUGUAGCAACGGUCAGACUCCUCUCCACGCAGCUUAGUAGAGAGAUGGCUACUUUCACCGAGAAGGGGAACGAAUUCACAUCAAGGCAUAGUCUCGACUGGAAAUUCCUCUUCUUAGACCACAGGGCUCCUCCAAUCAUUGGUUAUCUACCUUUUGAAGUGCUCGGUACCUCGGUGUAUGAAUACUAUCAGCAGGAUGAUCUGGAUAAACUCGGCAGAUGCCAUGAAGCAUUGAUGCAGACGGGAGAAGGAAAGUCUUGCUAUUACCGGUUCCUAACGAAAGGGCAGGAGUGGAUAUGGCUUCAAACACGCUACUUCAUCACCUACAACCAGUGGAAUUCCAAACCAGAGUUUAUAGUGUGUACCCAUCAAGUAGUCAACUAUGCUGAUGUUCGUAAUGAUAUCAACAAGGAGUUGGUAUUGACGGACAGCAAGAUGAGCGGUGCAGAGUCAGACAGCACAAAUCUUUGGGACUCCAGCGCCUCCGAAUCGGCAUCGCUGUCCACUUCGGUAUCCUCCAACUCUUCCCUCAACGUGCCCCUGUUCAGCACAGGCAAACAUGACAGAUGGCAGUCAUCCAGUACAGAUGAAAGUGUAUCUUGCACGAGCAGCUUAAAAGCACCCAGUUUAUCACACACGGAAAGCAGGAGUGGACGACUUUCACCUAAAUCACGAUCUGAUGAAAGUGUAUCUUGCACAAGCAGCUUGAAAGCGCCCAGUAUAUCGCACACAAAAAGCAGGAGUGGAAGACUUUCACCUAAAUCUGAAUCACUAGCAUCGAACCCCCCUCAGCCGCCACUACCCCCUCUGCCGCCUCUACCCCCGCCCUCUCUACCCCCACCCUCUCUGCCCCUGCCCCCUCUUCCCCAGCCCUUUGUAGCCCAGCCCUCUCCGGUACCAGGCACGUUCCCUAAUAAUGGCCCUCCACAAGAACAGCCCGCACCAUCAGAUAGCAACCUGACACCACAGCAGAUUACUGUUAUCCAGUUGAAACUCCAGGAGCAAUUAAUGAUGAGGCAUCAUAAGCUCCAGGAUGCUAUCCUUCUGCAGCAACAAGAACUGCAGCAGGUUCAACAGCAGCUCAUGAUGGCCCAACAGCUAAUGAUGCAGCAUCAUCCCAUGCUGGGUCAAAUGUUCAUCCAGCAGCAGGAGCAGCUCAUGGGGUCCAAGACUACCCCCACAGAAGGGUCCGGUCAGGCCACGCCCAUGAGUUCUGGUCCAGCCACGCCCAUGGGUUCUGGUCAGGCCACACCCAUUUGUUCUGCUCAGGCCACGCCCAUGAUGUCUGGUCAGGUCACGCCCAUUUGUACUGGACAGGCCACGCCCAUGGGUUCUGGUCAGGCCACGCCCAUUUGUUCUGGUCAGGCCAUGCCCAUGGGUUCUGGUCAGGCCACGCCCAUUAGGUCUGUUCAAGCCACACCCAUGGGGUCAGCACAGGCCACUCCCAUUCCCUCCAAUCCAUCUGUCCUGCAGCUGGAACUGUCAAGGAGCCAGCAGCCGCAGCACUCGUCCCAACAUCCUCAGCAGCAACAGCAACGAACGCAGCACUCAACCCAACAUCCUCAACCGCCACAGCAACAAACACAGCACUCAACUCAACAUUCUCAGCCGCAACAGCAACAAGCGCAGCACUCCUCCCAACAUCCUCAGGCGCAACAGCAGCAACAACAACCGCAGCACUCAUCCCAACAUCCUCAGCAGCAACAGCAGCUACUGCAGCAACAGAUACAGCAACACAAGCCACAGCCUGCAUCACAUGAGACUAUCUCAAUGGAACAGCUUGUUCAGCAUCAGCUGUCUGCUGGGGCUAUGUGGCCUUGUAGCACACCCAACCUCCUUGAUUUGCCGAGUAAUGCCUUACAGUCAGCAACAAGGGCUCCGUUUGCUAUGCAUCAGACUCAUCAGUAUCCCUCCACAAGUGGACAAUCAUUGCAUCGUGAACACCUAACCCCUCACAGGACUAACAAUACCGCCCCACCACCACCCCACCAACAGGUGGGCCCGCCCGGUCAGCAGCCGACGCCCCACCUCCCCCAGGUGCCCCUCAACUGCCACUCCUUAGCCCAGCCUACCAUGCACUCCUCAAUGACAAUGCCCCCAGGGGCGCAAGCCGUGCCCAUGCAGGACCUCUCUUGCCUUGGACUUCCAACGCUGGACAUGGGCAGUGACCAAUACAUGCAUCAAUCGGAAGGGCAAGACAAUUUAUAGGGGUGCAUGGCUGCCCCCCUCCCAUGGAUUACCCCAUGGAUUUUAAAAGGUGCUUUUAUUAUGUGGCAUGGAGCCUUGAUUGUACAUGAUGCAUCAGACACUACAGUGCACGCAUUGAUUUUGCAAUGGAAGGGAUACCAGAGGAAACAUCCUUUUUGCAUUGAAACCGGGAGGAGAUGCUCUUUAUAUAUCCACUGAUCGCUCAUCCAUAACGUUCUGGUCCAAACCAUUGCCUGUAUGGACGUGCCCAGAGAAUCGAGGCCUUUUAUACAACACCGCUCUUCACGUGUCCAAGGCCAGCAGGCACCAAAGACUUCAUGGUUUAUAUGUCGUUGACAUGUGGAGUACAGUGUAUUAUGUCCAAGCUACUGUCGUAUGUGUUGGUAUGCCUGUUCUAUCUAACCGUACUACUCAUCGCUUUCUACGUGGCAGCAGGUCAUCAUCCAGCAAAACUAUAAUGUACCCAACGAAAAUGUGUUGUUUCAUCUUGUGUGAUCGGAAAAGUGCCAAUCAGUGUAUAGUUAGCACAUUUUACUUCAUCUACAGGUUUUUUUUUCUUUUUCUUCUUCCAUUUUCUUUCUCUCGUACUGUGAAGACGCAUCGCACAUCCUUAUACUACACAGAUGUACAACAAUAUUCGGUUUCAAUGUUAAUGCACAAAUAUAAAAAGAGUUGUACCUUUUCAUGACCUUUUUUUUGCUUCAUGACAAUUUUUGAUACCUCUUCUAAAGUAUAAGGAUUAGAUAAAAAAGGUACCUAAAAGAUGUGUCUGUGUUGCAAUUUUGAAAUGAUGUGGUACAUAUGAUUCGGAAGAACUUGGUUUGUUUUCCAAGCUUCUUUCCAUAUGUUUGUAGAGGAGAAAUACAGAAAAAGUUUUGGUUUCGUGCAAAUUAGAAAUAUAUAUUUAAACAUCUCUAUUGAAUGCUUGAACUGCAUCAGUCUCCUAGGAUAGCAAGUGUAUCACCCGACCCUACAAGACAAUCGUUGGGGAGGACCAUUACUUACGCCAUGCAAAAGUGUGGAAAAAGGAUCAUGUAACCCUGUUACUGCCCAUGUAGGAUUUCCCAGAUAUUCUUUUAUCAUUGUCCCUCAGUUUUUACACAUGCCUUUUUAUUCAUAGCGAUCCUAUUAGUUCCCCCAUCUACCCUCACUUAGACUUAUCCAGUAUAGAAACAUUGUUUGGUACCAGAAAGUCAUUAAUUCAUAUCAUAUUACAUAGAAUACUGCCCUUCUGGCUCCAAACAGACGGAUGUCCAAUUCUUUCUAUUGUAAGGUAGCAUCGGUGCUUUGAGAAAGUGAUAGAAAUGCUUCUAUGUCUUAUUGACCAUCAAAUUAUACAAUUUUGUGCAAUCGUGACUUAUUUCUUUUUGUUGGAGAGGGAGGCAUAGUGUGAAUGGUUUUUAUUGAAAUGAGAUGGUGCUGGUGGUGAUGGUUUUACAGUGCCUUGACGUGAAAUGAUAUUAGGUGAUACCAAACGCACAAACAAAGUAAGUGCCUCUGUAUCUCAACAUAAUAGUCAUAUCUAAAGCCCAUGUACAGUCACAAUAAGCAAAAGUUGAAAUCUAGAUUAUCAUUUAUUCAAAUAGGAUAUAUGAAAAAUACUUAAGAUUCCCUAGUGGCGAUCUGGUUUAAACACCUUUAGAAGGCCACCCAACGGAAACACAAAAAGUGGCCUUCCUAGACAGAUUCUUCAAUACAUACCUUCUUCUAGAUGGAGGCAAUAUACCUUCUUCUAGAUGGAGGCAAUAUAUAUGUGACCACUGUAGACAAGUAGCCUUUAUAUAGAGGUGGCCUAUGAGACACGGGAUUGACUGUACUUAUUUUCCUCUGCUUCUGACAUCUUUACAUAGUUUCAAAUUUACAAUUUACAUCUUUACAGAGUUUCAAAUUUACAUCUUUACGUAGUUUCAAGUUUACAUUUUUUACGUAGCUUUAGAGUUUUAGCUUUUGAGAGCUGUCAAUACCUAGCAUCAGAGUCACUUGUAUUUCCGAGUAGCUCUUUCUGUUCUGUACAUGGGCUAUAAGCAAACCCUUUCAUCAUGUUAGUAUUACAAUCAUGUGCUGGUACCUAGGUAGGGUUUUAAUUAGAAUGAGAAAGAAAUGAGAGCUGAUGUAUAUACAAAUUAUGAACAUAUUUUUUAAAGUGAGAGAAUGAUAUUUAAAAUAUCUUUUAAUUAUAUUUUGUGCAAUAUUGAAAAGGCAGCAGUUGAAAGCAGAACAAUUGACUAUAAAAUUGAAAGUGAAAGGUUUGAAAAUUUCAUUUUUUUAAAUUUUUUAUCAGUUAAUGAAAUGUGUUUGAAUCGUAGAGGUGUUUUUUUUUUUCUUUUUGUGUGAAUAAAGUCUUGAAAAAAUUGAUGAAUUAUGGGGAUUUUGUAAUCAGAAUAUAUUUUUCUCACAAGCUUAAGAGAAUUCAACAUUUGCAUUGUAUUUAAAAGAUUAUUUUUACUUUGACGUACUUGAUGAAUUAUACGGGGAAGAUGAAA